AUGGCUACCGAGAUACCACUGGCAGGACCGGCGGCUGCUGGCGGCAUCGUCACAUCCGCAUUGUCUGAGCCUGAUGAAAAAGGCAGUGCGCAAGAGACUCAAAGUCCAGCAGAGGCUGCUGAACAACCCCAAGAUUUUCCUCUGACCUGGAAAAUUGCAGCUCUCAUAUGCGGCGUCGCUCUGUCCUGGGGUUCAUCAUUCUCGGAAAACACCCUUGGUACCCUCAAGAGCACAUUGAAGAAGCAACUCGAUAUCACCAACCAGCUACGUCCCUCGGGCCCAAUGGCAUGCUCAAUCGCCAUCUUUAUCGGUGCUGUAGUAUCAGCAGCUGGCUCGAACCUAGACUCUUUUACCCUUGUCGUAACUGGUCGAGUGAUUAUGGGACUUGGAAGCACAGUCAUUGAGACGUGUAUGUCCAAGGCAAACUCAUUGUACUUAUCGCAAAAGCUACGGCUGUUCCUAUGCGAGAUGCUUCUUCGUUCUGGGGAUGGGCCCUUUGGAUUCCUGCCAUCGUCUGCUUCGCAAACCUGCGUCUGGUGGGCGCGUAGCCAGCCAACAUGGACACAUAUGCCCACUGGUCAGCAAUUAAUGAAGGAGGCAAGAGAGCGAGGUGAUGACGCCUCUAUGCCCUCGAGCACAACUAGAUCUAGGUUUGGACCCAGAUGGGCUAUCCUUACCUGUGUGCCGCGCUUCUUCUGGCUAGUAGCAUGCACUCAGAUACUGCAAGCCGGUGUGGUAGGCGACUUCAACGGGCUCAAUGCCGACAUUAUCACUGAGACUCGUGUCUCUACAGAACAGAUUGCUGGCUACACAAUGAAUGCCCUCGGGUCUAUGGUUAUUGCUUCUGUAGCGUCGACCAUGAAUGCUCUACCCUUCCCGGCUUCCAUCCCGUUGAUAGUACCGAACCAAAUUGAGCUUGGGCUCGUAUUCGGAAUUUGGAAGGCAUUCAAUAACAGUGGAAGCGUCAUUGUCGACAUGAUCGCUGGAAGGCUGCAGGACAUAACACCGGAUGGCAUAUAUGAGCGGGUUAUUGCAUUCUUUGUGGCCGUAAAAGGAUUGGAGUUUUGCCUGGGUUUAUUCUAUGGUAUCCUUGAUAGGAAAUAUCUUGCAGGUAUUCUUAUUAUGAGUGAGAAGAAACGCAUGCAAAUGGAACAGGAAUGUAAGCUUCGAAAGCCAAUUGGUCGCAAACCUGCAAAGCUGGCAACUAUCAUAGGAAUUGCACUUGUUUGUGCCAUGAUUGUCAUUGCUUGGGUGCUUUUCAUCAAGUACUCACUCUAA